UAUAGUUCUCUCCCUCAUUUCCACGCUUCCUUGUCUCUCUCACGUUGAAAACGGAAAACGAGGAAUUGUUGUUUGUUUCAAUCAAAAUGACAUCACACUAUUUGAUGCACCAUCGCCAUUAACGUCAAAUAAACCUUCGAAGAUCCAAACCUUCCACUUUGUACUACCAAACUGUAACUAAUCAAAGAAUGGGAAAAACAUCAAGCAAAGAAUGGACGCGGAUCUACCUCAUCUACGGAAUGGAUCAGUGGCAAACCUUCGUCUUCCUUCUCUGUCAAGCCGUUCUCUUCUCGAUUCUCUCAGUACUCUACCUUCACUACUUCAACCAAAUCUCCACCCUUUUUGAGACCCUUCUCUCCAUCGCCGCUGUACACCGCGGCGCCGCCCGCUUCGUGGCAGGGUUCACCGGCUCCGUCACGGCGCUCUCUGCCCUCUGCCUCUUCUACGCAGCGGCGAACUUUUUCUACUCCGCAGUGCCUCUUCAUUCUGAGAUGGCGCAGCGCAUGGUGGACACCGUCGACGAGUGGUCCACGGUGCGCUUAGCGCUUGACCUUGGCUGCUGCGGACGCGGCAUUUUGCUGAAUGCAUUAGCCGCCCGCCUUAAAAAGGAAGGAGGUUCGGGUCGGGUGAUUGGAUUCAGCGGUCCGAAUAAGGCCAGGUUAGCGGCGACGCUUCGGGCCGCUAAGGUAGAGGGAGUGGAGGAGUAUGUGACAUGCCGCACAGGCGACCCGACCAAACUGCCGUUCUUGGACGGCAGCUUCCACGUUGUGGUGUCCGGGACGUUUUUGCACACGGCGGGAAGGGGGCACAGGGCGGAGGUGGCUGCUGCGGAGAGGGGAAGGGCGAUGGCGGAGGUGGUGAGGGUGUUGAAGGAGGGUGGCGUUGGGGUGGUGUGGGACCUUGUGCACGUGCCGGAGUACGUGCGGCGGUUGCAAGACAUGAAAAUGGAAGACAUAAGAGUGAGCGAGCGCGUGACUGCGUUCAUGGUUAGCAGCCACGUCGUGUCGUUCAGAAAGCCCACUCAACACGUGGAUGGCCCACCUGAGGUUAGGUUGGAUUGGAGAUUCUGCUGACGUGGAUUUUCUCACAUACACACUACUGUCUAUGGAGAGUGAUGUCCUAUAUACAAACAGAACAAAACCAUUUUGUAUUUUUGUCUCAGUUUUUCAUUUUUUUUUCACUAUAAUUC